AUGGAUGCGCAGCCAUCUUCUAUGCUGGUCAAUGCAGUUUCCCUACACAGUGAAAUAAGUUUAAGUGGAGUGUUCAUGGACGAUAGUCUGGUGGGAAUGGAUAUUAAAGAAAUUAUUGAUUGGCUGACCACGGAUGACCCUCGAAUCAUUGCUGUCACAGGGAUGGGAGGUCUGGGCAAAAGUUUGCUGUUGAAACUCGUGUUCGAUACCCAGAAGAUCAAAGAAACUUUUGACCAUCAGAUUUGGGUGGAAGUAUCCCAAAGCUUCUCAGUUCAGCAGCUGGUCCAGCAUAUAGCUUCGGAGGUAAAACUCCCGAAAAACAAAAGGAAAACUCAUCUAAGCGUGAAUAUACUCAGGGAUAACAUCCGGAGCCACCUUCAAGGAAGUCGGUGUUUGCUUGUUCUGGAUGAUGUGUGGGACAUAAGGGCAAAAGAAUUGAUUGUUUCUCAGAAUUUCAAGGUUAUGAUUUCAACGCUUGACAAGAAAGUUGCACAACAAAUGGGAGCUCAGCGAACCCAUGACAUGAAUCAUUUGUUUAAGGCUGAUAGUAGGAAACUAUUCUUCAUGCAUGCAUUCCAUAAAGACGAAAUUGAGUCUUUCAGAGGACCUGAAGAAAAUAGCCGAAGACAUUGCAGAUAG